UAGAAGCGUAAUGGAAUUUGUAACAAAUCUUGAGUUUUCUCAAAACUCAAAUAUUUCAGGUAUUACAUCUCCUCCCCCCUCCAAAUUGCCUUCUAAUUUGAUAUAUUUUUUUGUAAAAGAGUCUCCCCUCUUGUGUGAAACCCCCUGGGGAAGAGGCUAUGGACAAAACCAUUGGCAAACAGCAGAAACUGGCUUCAGACAAAAUGCUGUCAUACAUAGCAAAUGAAGAGACAGGAAAAAACAUUUCUGUAAUUUUCCAGCUGAGAUUUUACUUGUAAUAAGAGUGGAAGGCACAUUUCCAGAUAGAGGUAGACCUUACUUCACGAGCAGAAAGGAAAAGACGUGAUUCAUUCGGGAUGUUUGACGGUUAUGAUAGUUGUAGUGAGGACACCAGCAGCAGCUCCAGUACAGAUGAAAGCGAAGAAGAAGUUUCUCCUUUGCCAUCCAGUCUCCCGAUUAUAAAGAAUAAUGGACAGGUCUAUACUUAUCCCGAUGGCAAGUCUGGCAUGGCUACAUGUGAGAUGUGUGGAAUGGUUGGUGUACGCGAUGCUUUUUACUCUAAAACGAAACGCUUCUGCAGUGUGUCGUGCUCUAGAAGCUAUUCAUCAAACUCCAAGAAGGCCAGCAUUCUGGCCAGGCUUCAGGUAGCGGGUAAACCUCCAACAAAGAAGGCUAAAGUUCUACAAAAACAACCCUUAGUGGCUAAAUUAGCAGCAUACGCUCAGUAUCAAGCAACUUUACAAAACCAGGCAAAGACUAAGGCAGCAGCUGUCCCCGUGGAAGGUUUCAGCUGGGGUAACUACAUCAAUAGCAAUAGCUUUACAGCAGCUCCUGUUACGUGUUUUAAACAUGCACCUAUGGGGACAUGCUGGGGUGAUAUCUCAGAAGGUGUGAGAGUGGAGGUUCCAAACACAGACUGCAGCCUACCUACCAAAGUCUUCUGGAUAGCUGGAAUUGUAAAAUUAGCAGGGUACAAUGCUCUGCUAAGAUACGAAGGCUUUGAAAGUGAUUCAAAUCUUGACUUCUGGUGCAAUGUCUGUGGGUCUGACAUCCACCCAGUUGGUUGGUGUGCAACCAGCGGGAAGCCCCUAGUCCCUCCUCGAUCCAUCCAACACAAAUACACAAACUGGAAAGCUUUUCUAGUGAAACGACUUACUGGUGCCAAAACACUUCCUCCUGACUUUUCUCAGAAGGUGUCUGAGUGUAUGCAAUAUCCGUUCAAAACUUCCAUGAGAGUAGAAGUUGUUGACAAAACACACCUUUGUCGAACACGAGUAGCAGUGGUAGAGAGUGUCAUUGGAGGACGGCUAAGAUUGGUGUAUGAAGAAAGUGAAGACAAAACUGAUGACUUCUGGUGCCACAUGUACAGUCCGCUCAUUCAUCACAUUGGUUGGUCUCGAAGUAUAGGACAUAGAUUCAAAAGAUCCGAUAUUACAAAGAAACAAGAGGAACAUUUUGAUGCACCCCCACACUUAUUUAUGAAGGUAAAAGAGGUUGACACAGCAGGGGAGUGGUUUAAAGAAGGAAUGAAAUUGGAAGCUAUAGAUCCCUUAAACCUUUCAGCAAUAUGUGUGGCAACUAUUAGAAAGGUUUUAGCAGAUGGCUAUCUUAUGAUUGGGAUUGAUGGCUCAGAAGCAGCAGAUGGGUCUGAUUGGUUUUGUUACCAUGCCACUUCCCCUUCUAUUUUCCCUGUUGGUUUCUGUGAAAUUAACAUGAUUGAACUAACUCCACCCAGAGGUUAUGCAAAACUCCCUUUCAAAUGGUUUGACUACCUCAGGGAAAGCGACUCAAUAGCAGCACCUGUAAAGCUCUUCAAUAAGGAAGUUCCGAACCAUGGGUUUCAUGUUGGAAUGAAACUGGAGGCUGUAGAUCUAAUGGAACCUCGUCUAGUGUGUGUAGCCACAGUAACCCGCAUUAUCCAUCGCCUACUGAGGAUACACUUUGAUGGAUGGGAAGAUGAAUAUGAUCAGUGGGUGGAUUGUGAGUCUCCAGACCUCUAUCCAGUGGGAUGGUGUCAGCUAACUGGAUAUCAACUACAGCCUCCAGCACCACCACAAACAUCAAGAGAUAGCCAGUCAAGUUCAUCAAAACAGAAGAAAAAAGCUAAGUCACAACAGUACAAAGGACAUAAGAAAAUGACUUCAUUGCAGCUGAAGGAGGAGUUGCUAGAUGGAGAAGAGUAUAGCUUCCUUCAAGGAGCAUCCGAUCAGGAAAGCAACGGAUCUGCCAGUUACUACAUCAAACAAGAACCAUAAAGGCGGAGCUCAAAAAAGUGAGGGGCAGAGUAUUGGUGAGAGGAAAAGAGCCUUUCUCCAAGACUGACUGAUUUUGUUCCCACUUUGACAGGACAGUUUGGAUGGCUGUAUCCGGGGCACUUUGCUAACUGUAGAUGAGUUAGACUCAGUUCAGAGAUUUUUGGAAAGGCGGGGAAACUAUUUUAGUGAAAAAGAUUUUUCAAUUUAUUAAAAACAAAAAUGGACACUUUUGUGUUGUAUUUGAAGCUUUUGAAAGAAUUUUGUAAUAUUUUCAAGUUCAGAUUUAUUGUGCAUUGUUAACAAGAACUGAAAUUCUAAUUUUUUGGUAAGAUUAAAGUUUAAUUAGUAGGAUUGUGGGAAACUGUUGGAGGAAGAUAUAGUUGCAAGUACAAAUGAACUGUCAUAACAAAUGAACCUUUUUUGGUACAAGUUGGGAGACUUUUAGACUCUUGUGAACUGCACUGGUCACGCCUCUGAUUUUUAUUGUGAAAGUAAGGAAUUUAAGCCCUAAUUUAGAGGCAUGAAUUGUAGGUGGGAGAUAGUUCUGUAAAGCUCUACUCAGUGAGUAGCCCCAGUUGCAAUGGAGCCGUCACGAGAGAGAUUUUAACUUUUCAAGAUGUUUUUAUUUAGUUAAAAUACUUUUUUUAUAUAAGAUUUUUUAAAUAAAGCUCCUUUUGGGUCUGAUUCAGUGCCCAUUAAUAUCCGUAGCCUUGUCUCCAUUGACCGCUGUGGGCACUGCAUUGAGACUCUUAAGCUCUUGUCUGUACAUGAAUGUCUGUAGUCUUGGAAUGCUCCAGCAAAUGUUUACAGAACCCUAUGCCAAACUGGACCUUCAGCAAAUUCCCCCAUUUGGGAGAUUAGAUUCAGCUAUGAAUUUAGACUGGCAAAGAAACUAGAUGGACAAUAACUCAGGCCUGUCUUGGUAAUGAAAAAGGACUUCUGAGUGUUCUUUUCAUUUAUUUGUUUUUCCCUUCAGGAAGACCUAGAUAUUUUCUCACCAUCUUAGGUAUUUAUUUCUGCGCUUCAUCGCAUUUAAAACUGAUGUUCGACAUGGCUCCAGGUGAGCAGAG